AUGGCCCUGAGCGAGCUAGCGCUGCUCCGCCGGCUGCGGGAGAGCCGCCACUCGAGGAAGCUCAUCCUGUUCAUCGUGUUCCUCGCGCUGCUGCUGGAUAACAUGCUGCUCACCGUCGUGGUCCCCAUCAUCCCAAGUUACUUGUAUAGCAUCGAGCAUGAGAAAGAUGCGAAAGAAAUCCAGACCGCCAAGCCAGCGCUCACAACCUCCACCUCGGGCGGCUUCCAGAACAUCUUCUCCUAUUACGACAACUCCACCGUGGUCGCCGGCAACAACACCGGCAGCCUUCAGGGGGCGCUGCUGCACGAGGCCACCACGCUGCGCCCAGUGACCAACGUGUCCGCCGCCGCUUCCGACUGUCCCAGCGGAGACAAAGACCUCCUGAAUGAGAACGUGCAGGUCGGCCUCUUGUUUGCCUCGAAGGCCACCGUCCAGCUCCUCACCAACCCGUUCAUAGGGCUGUUGACCAACAGAAUCGGCUAUCCAAUUCCAAUGUUCACGGGAUUCUGCAUCAUGUUUGUUUCAACAGUUAUGUUCGCCUUCUCCCGCAGCUACGCCUUCCUGCUGAUCGCCAGGUCCCUGCAGGGCAUCGGCUCCUCCUGCUCCUCUGUAGCCGGGAUGGGCAUGCUGGCCAGCGUGUACACGGAUGACGAGGAGAGAGGCAACGCCAUGGGGAUUGCCCUGGGAGGCCUGGCCAUGGGGGUCUUAGUGGGCCCCCCCUUUGGGAGUGUGCUGUAUGAGUUUGUGGGGAAGACAGCUCCAUUCCUGGUGCUGGCUGCCCUGGUGCUCUUGGAUGGAGCUAUUCAGCUCCUUGUGCUCCAGCCGUCCCGGGUGCAGCCAGAGAGCCAGAAGGGGACGCCGCUCACCACCCUGCUGAAGGACCCGUACAUCCUCAUCGCUGCAGGGUCCAUCUGCUUUGCAAACAUGGGGAUUGCCAUGCUGGAGCCGGCCCUGCCCAUCUGGAUGAUGGAGACCAUGUGUUCCCACAAGUGGCAGCUGGGCAUUGCUUUCUUGCCAGCCAGUAUCUCUUAUCUCAUUGGAACCAAUAUUUUUGGGACCCUCGCGCACAAAAUGGGGAGGUGGCUUUGUGCUCUUCUGGGAAUGAUAAUUGUCGGAAUCAGCAUUUUAUGUAUUCCUCUUGCAAAAAACAUUUAUGGACUCAUAGCUCCCAACUUUGGAGUUGGCUUUGCAAUUGGAAUGGUGGACUCAUCAAUGAUGCCCAUCAUGGGCUACCUGGUCGACCUGCGGCACGUGUCCGUCUAUGGCAGCGUGUAUGCCAUUGCUGAUGUAGCAUUUUGUAUGGGCUAUGCUAUAGGUCCUUCUGCUGGUGGGGCUAUCGCAAAGGCAAUUGGAUUUCCAUGGCUCAUGACAAUUAUUGGAAUAAUUGAUAUUCUGUUUGCUCCUCUCUGCUUUUUUCUCCGAAGUCCACCUGCCAAGGAAGAAAAAAUGGCUAUCCUCAUGGAUCACAACUGCCCCAUUAAAACAAAAAUGUAUACUCAGAACAAUAUCCAGUCGUAUCCGAUAGGUGAGGAUGAAGAAUCUGAAAGUGACUAAGACCCUCAAAAGUCAUCCAAGUAUCUAAUUGUAUAAAAGUGUUUCCAGUGCAAUGACUCAUCCAGAACUGUCUUAGUGAUACCACUCAUCCCUGGUGAAAGAGUAAAACAACCAAAGGUUCUUUCUUUUCCAUGGUUAUGAUCGAUUGCCAACAGCCUUAUAAAGAAAAAGCAGCUUUUCUAGG